AUGGUUUCCACCCGCUCUAUCAUUAUGGGCUGCGCCCUACUCUCCACCGCCGCCUUGGCCCUCCCAACUCCCCAAGACUCCUCCGACUCCGACUGCACCAUCACCGCGGAUGACCUUACUGCCAUCGAUCCCACCACUGCUACGUGUGCUAGCACAGGCGACUUCACAUCCGAGUGCGCAGACGCAGCCACCGCUGCCCCGGCCAUCAGCUCCGCCUUCCAAAAGUACGACAUCACCGAACCCGGCGCCCAAGCCGCCCUCAUCGCCAUCAUGCUUUACGAAUCUGGCUCCUUCAAAUACAACCACAACCACUUCCCUGCGCCGGGCCGCCCAGGCCAGGGCACGCGAAACAUGCAGAUGGCGCCGUUCAACGAGAAGUACGCAACCGCUUUGUAUGGCGCCGACAAGGUCGCCGCGGCAAAGGCGCAGGGUGGCGAAGAUGCGGUGCUGGCGCUUGUGCAGGGGGAUGACGACAGCUUUGGGAGUGCGGCGUGGUUCUUGACUACGCAGUGUGAUGCCAGUAUUAAGGAUGGGCUUGCGAGUGGGACUUCGGCGGGCUGGGAUGCGUACUUGACUAGCUGUGUGGGGACGACUCACACAGCCGAUAGGGACGUCAGCUGGACGAAGGCAAAGGAGGUGCUUGGGGCAUAG